CAAAAUUUUGUGAUAUUUUAGCUUAAGUUAAGGACCUUUGUGUGAGAAAAGAUUGUUUUGGGGUUUAAUGUGAAUAUUCUGAAAGCUGAGGGACUUAAAAAGGGAAAAGAAUUUGGAUAAGGAUGGCUUCAUUUCUUUUUCUUUUUCCUUCUUUCUUUCUUCUCCAGCCCGCGCAUCUGCUCAUUCUUCUUCUUCCCGAAGCCCCCCAAGCCACCGACCUUCUUCCCCCUUGAAAAACCCGGUGAGAUCUUGAUGAAUUUCUCUUCCUUUCUUGUUAAAUCACAAGAUUUGGGGCUUAGAAUCUUCCCUCUCAACCCAGAAAAUUCUGGUUCUGCUCUGCUCUUCUUCCUUGUCCGCCGGCUGCUGUGGGUUUGAAUUUCUGGGCAUUUUUCGGGUAAGCCACAGCCAAGAAAUCAUCCCCUUAGCCUUGAUUUAACUUGGGUUACUCUAAUUUUUGGUUGUGGUUCUUGAAUUUUGGGUAGUUUCCGUGAGUUUCCCCUGCAGAUGCCGCUGGCUUCUUCUCCCUGUCAGCUCCGGUUUGCUUGCUGGAAUUCAGGUUUUCGAUCGUUCUGUCAAUUAGCAUUGAGAUUGAAUCUUCAGUUUAUGCGAGUGAGGUAAGUAAAUUUAUGGUAAUGCCCGUACAGUUUUUAAAAGCAUGUUUUGAUUUGUUUUUGAAGUGGUGGCGGGACUAAACCCGUUUUACACAAGUAUGACUGAUUUGAAGUGAAAUGUUUUAUGCUUUUCAUUAAAUUGAGCAUGCCUACUUGAAAUUUAAGUGACUGUCCUAAUGAUCUGAAAGUGAUUGUGAAUUGUGAUUUUCUUGAACUUCUGCCUGUUUUGUCUCCGAUGUGGUCAUGUUAUUAGUGACCCUGCUAGUGGAGGAGGUUAUAAACGCUAGCACAUGUUGGCACAUGUCUAUAUGUUAUUAGUGACCCUGCUAGUGGGGGAGGUUAUAAACGCUAGUACAUGUCGACAUGUUAUUGAUAGAAUCGGUUCGUUGAGUGACCCUGCUUGUGGGGGUUAUACACCAGCAAACAGUGACCCUGCUUGUGGGGGUUAUACACCAGCAAACAGUGACCUUGCUUGUGGGGAUUAUACACCAGCAAAUAGUGACCUUGCUUGUGGGGAUUAUACACCAGCAAACAGUGCGCUUGCCAGUGGGUGUUAGACGCUCACCGUGACUUAUAGAGGAGACGUCUAUUUCGUUCUCGUACUGUAUCCGUUUUGCGUGAUUGCACAUGUUGGCAUGCUAUAAGUUUAAUAAUGAGCACUCCAUAUUUACUUAUUGAGUUUAUCUCAUAGUUUUCCUUGUCCACCAUUUCAGGAAGUGAAAUCGAGGACGGGGAAACCACGGGAAGUGACGAGUAGAAAGCUAGCCAUUUCGAGAUUGACAUAGAUUUUAGAAAUAAAUCGUGAUCUUGUAAGCUAGAGUGUAUUUGAAGAUUUUAUGAUAUUGGAGCAAAUUAUAAAUUUUGAUCUUCAGA